AUGACUGGCUUAGAAGAUACUAACGGAAUAAAUGACACUCCUAAUAUGCAAUCACUCGGGAAUGCAAUGUCAAAAGCUGUUAGGGAAUUCGCACAAUGUAGUCUACUAGAAAAUGAAAAUGAUUUCGUUUCUCAAAAAAUCAGUGAAAUUAGAGAGCAAAGUGAAAAUUUUCAAGAAUAUGCAAGAGAGUCGAUUAAUCAGAGCGAUAAAUUAUCAAAAUAUGCUGAAGAAGUUGUAGUAUUUGCUGUUGCUUGUUCAGAUCCAAGUUUUACAAAAGAGGAACUUUUAGAUUUUUUGAAGUUAACUUUGGAAGAUGCUAAAAAGAAUAAAACUAAAACGGAAGAAUUAAAAGCAAACAUUAGUAAUGUUAUGGCAAGAUUAGUCAAUGUACAAAACGAAUGUGUUCAAUAUAGCAAUGACAUUCAGACAAAUGCUAGAGCAAUGAAUUCUAAUGUUGUUAACGAAUUAGAAAACAGAGAAUUUGAACAAAGAUUAUUUAGGACUGCUUACAAAUUUGGAACUGGAGCUGCUAUAUUGGGCACAACAGCUUCUAUUAUUGCGGCACCAUUAACUGGAGGAGCUUCUUUAGCAAUACCUAUUAUUGAAUCUAUUGUGGAAGGAGGAUUGAUUAUGGCUGGAGCCACUGGCGCAAUUGCUUUAGGAUCAAGAUAUGCAUAUAAUAAUAGAAAUAACGAGAUUAAUGCUCUUAAUAGAAGGCUGAUUAUAGAAAGAGACGAGCUAAUUACUCAGAUUUGUUCAUUGAAUGGAAAUCUUAGUUCAAUCAUUCACGAUUCUUGUGAUAUCUUAAAUUUCUGGGAUGAACAAAUUACUACUCUUAACGAUCUCAUAGUAAAACUUGAACGUUUUGACAAUAAUGAUGGAGAACGUCCUUCAAGAUUAGUCACAUUAACCAUUCAAAAGAAAUGGAAUAAUGUUAGCCGAGAAUGUAAGGAUUAUAAUCGCACUAUGAGGGCUGCUUUACAAGUGACUAAUAUGGUUACUUCCGAUUAA